UUCUGGAAAAGGUGGGUUCAUGAUUAUCAUCCACAGAUUACCCAACGGCCGAAAUGGAACCAACCCACCAAACCUUUGGAAAUCGACGACAUAGUCGUUAUCGCCGACGAGCAACUCCCCCGCAACAGCUGGCCAAAGGGACGAAUCAUCGGGGUGCGAAAAGCAACAGACGGACAGGUGCGGUCAGUGAAAGUGCAAACAAUGCACGGUAUAUUCGAACGCCCUUCGGUGAAAAUAGCGGUGUUAGAUGUGCGUAAACCUAAAGGAACCUCGGAUAGCGGUUAGUGAAUAAGCAAUCUAAUCGAACGCACCGCGACACAAAGCUGUUUUUACUUUCUGAUUGUAAACAACGUGUACCACGUUUUGUGUACUGGGGGGGAGUGUUGUCAAAACAGCCUUGACAUCCAGACAACCAUCACAAGCCGCCCGACAAGACGGAUGGAACCAAGCGCUAGACGGCCGCCUGCGACGGACCACAGAACCGAACGCUAGAGGGCCGCCACGACACGAAUAAAAAAGACACGAAGGCAGUAGCGACAAAAUAAGCGAAGGAAAGAGACACGGAUUUUUUUUAAUCGCACGACCAGUACCCUUAAAUUAAAUAAAGAAAAAACUAAGCCGGAUUAAGGCAAAUAAAGCGAGAUCAACGCAGUUUUUCUAUUCAUUUAAUUUUGAGUACUUCCAUUAAAGAAGCCGAGUUGAAGCAUUUUAAGCCGUUUUCUUUGCAUAUUUAAGUCGAGUAAGUCGCUUUUUCCACAGUGGUAUUGAAUAAAGUCUUGAAAGCCUGUAUAGGCCGGCAUGUCCUCGUAGGACGUUUACGCCAAUUAAAAGAAGAAGAAGAACACGAUGCAAAAUUGAUUUUAUUUUUGCUAAGUUUUCAACUCAACUGUUCAUCAAUACUGUUGUGUGUCCGAUGAGAUUUUUGUCAAACGCAAUAAAUCUUAGAACACGAAAUUCUACAACCUGUGAACUGCUUCCAUUCAUGAGGGCAGAGUACAGUUGAUCGUAAUGAUUGUUCAACUUCCAUCAAAAGACACAGGGACCGCCACCGGCGUACGGGAAAGUUCGCUGGUGGUCCCUGUAGACCGCCAUAGGGAUGAACGUGUUAAUCUGUGUUCUACUUUCUGCAGAAUUUUAUUGUAGAAAAAAUGAUUUGACUGAAUCAAACGCCGUAGCUCUAUGAUUAACAACAUGCAUUCUGCUUAACAUUCAUGGUUUUGCUUUGAGUGUUUAAAUGUAAGUUGAUAAUCACUGGUUUUUGAGUUUCAUAAAUUAUAGAUGAUGAGCCCUGCAGUACUUGGACGCUAAUGUUUAUACUAAGGAAACAUGUUAAUCUCAUCAACGUAGGUGGAUCGUAAAAUUACAGGAAUUAUUUGUCUUAAAUUGUAUGAUAGGAGUACCAUAAUAUCAAAAUCUACUGUUGUUUGUUUAAGUGUGUGGAUUUCUGUUCAACACAUCAAAGAAAUACCCAUAUGACAAUGGGGAUUUAUUUCUAGGGCAAACGGGGUGUGAGGUAGAGAGAAACAGGUUGCGACGAGGGAGAAGCAGGAUAUUUUUGGAGAGAGAGGAAUGAAACCAAGGGGGAAACGAAGAGCCUCACAUACGGAGAGCGAGAAAUGUCAAAACAAACCGUUCGAAACACAUUCAAAACAAACGAGGACGCUUCGCGAGCCGGUGUUUGUGAAAUUUAUAUUUUGUUAUUUUAAAGUGAUUUAAAGUGUUUCAGAGAAGAAAAUGGACCAGAUAAAGCAGUUGAAGAAGAGUGGGCUGUUAUGGAAGCGAGCACUGGCAAGGAUGGGUGAAAUGAAGAAGAAAUCAACCCGGCUGAAAAUCAACCCGGUCUGAGUACGUGUAUGGAAGUGCAAGUUUCAGGUCCGGAAGCUGUGGUUGAUGGCGUUGCUGAGGAGUGCCUGAUGGAUUUCCCGUUGUCGGAGGAGGAGGAUGUAUUCAUUUUAUCCGAUGAUGAAGAUGAGGAUGAAAUAAUCGAAUACAUCGAGAACGAAAGCGAAGAGGAUGAUAAAGAUGAAAAAGAUCAUCUACUGAAUGAGAAAAAUAAUAGUCCAGCUCAACAUCUGAUAGCCAAGCGGUUGAGAGUUUGGGCUUUAUCUCAAAAGCUACCUAAUUUAGUAUUGAAUGAUCUUCUUCGCUUGGUUCGCGAAACAACGGAUAUUCCUCUUCCUCUAGAUUCUAGAACGCUUCUUAAGACACCGGUUGCUGUGGGCAAGGAAAUACACGCGGUAGCUGGCGGUGAAAUGUGGUAUCAUGGCAUUGCGAAAUGUAUGCAAAGUUGUUUCCGGAAGCUGACUCCUUCGGUCAACGAAAUAUUAAUAAACAUAUUCGUAGAUGGGCUACCGUUAUUUAACAGCGGGCCAAAACAGCUAUGGCCCAUAUUGGUGAAGCUUGUAAACGUCCCAGAAGCUCCCAUAUUGGUGGUUGGCGUGUUUUGUGGCUUAUCCAAACCGGAAAAUGUCGAGGACUACUUGCGCCCACUCGUUGAUGAAUUGAAUCGCCUACACGAUGACGGAAUUGUUAUCAACAACAAAAAAAUAAAAAUCACCCUUAAAGCUUUCCUGGCAGAUUUUCCAGCACGAGCAUUUAUCAAAGGUGUAACAUACUUCAACGGCGCUUGCGGUUGCAUAAAGUGCAAAAUCGUAGGAAAAUUUGACAAGAGCGCACGGAAGAUGAUAUUUGAAGGCGUUGCUGAGGAGAGGAUCGACGAUGAUUUUCGCGAUGGAAACUACCCAAUAGGACACCAGAAGCACCAUACUCCGUUAUUAGACUUAAAAGAAUUUAAUAUAGUAGUUUAGAUGUCAAUUGCAGACGAUUUACACUUGUUUCAUCUAGGGGCAUUGAAGAAAUUGCUUAAGGGUUAUAAAGGAGGUUAUAAAGGGUUUUCAGCAUGGUCAGCAGCAGAGCAGGAAGAGAUAAACAAGAUUUUAGCUAGAAUAGAAUUGCCAGCAGAGAUACAUCGAGGUGUUAGGUCUUUAAAAUAUGUGGAUUAUUGGAAGGGGACCGAAUUCCGGUCUUUUUUAAAUCAUAUAAGUAUCCCUUUGUUCUUAGGAAGAAUCCACGAUUCAGCGUAUGAUCAUUUUAAACUUAUUUAUGUAGCUCAUACUUUCCUUUCGCAUUCUUUCUUCAAACAAUAUUGGACAUACGCUGGUCAAUUAUUAGAAAAAUUUGUUUUAGACUACAGCUCAAUAUACACCAAAUAUAAUUUAACUAGUAAUGUCCAUAACCUUUUACACGUCACAAAAGACGUUCAAAAUUUAGGUCCCCUUCCAGAAAUUUCAACAUAUGAUUGUGAAAAUACGCUGCAGUUUAUGAAAAGGCUAGCUAGACCAGGACCGAGAAUAUUAAAUCAAAUAGUUUGCAGGCUUGCUGAGCUUAGGGAAACACAAGUAGCAGUUAGAAAGGAGGAAAAACAGUAUCCCAUUUUCAAAUGCAGAGGAGAGGAAGUAAUUUUAUUCGUUAAGGAAGGUUUAAUGCUAAGGAAAGGUAAUAGGAAUGGAUGGUUUUUGACGAAGGAUAGGGAGAUCAUCAGGUAUAGUGCAGCAUUAGAAGAAUCUGGAAAGGUUUACAUAAUAGGACAUUUGUUAAAGAAGAAGAAAGUCAGCUUUAGUACUCCGUGUAGUUCAGAUAUCAUAUUUAAUUACGAAGGUGAAAUAGCAGAUUUAUCAAAAGAAUUAGGUAGGGUUCCUAAAGAUAGUGUGAUGUGUUAGCUUGUAGCAAUUUCAUUAGAUGAAGGGAUAGGGUAUCAUUUCAGUCCAUUACUACAUACUUUAGCUGAAUAGGUUAGAUAGGGUUUCAAUAAUAUAGAUUAAGACGUUUUAAUUGUUCCAUGCAAGGCAGCAAUGCUUCGACAAUUUUCCUUUUUUUUUCUUUUUCAGCUGGCUAGCAAAAGCUUUGACGCUUUUAUGCAUCUUUGAACUCCUAUCCCAACCUCCACGUGGUGCUAGCUGGAUUAUAUUUAUUGCAAAAUUUGUUACAUUAAUUCUGCAAUUUUUAUAAACAAAUAGGGAAGGGGGCUUUUAAAACUGGUAAUAUAAAGGACUAAUAAACGAUGAUUACAACAUGUCAAUUAUAUACAUACUAGCAGUUCGGUUAUU